CCCAAAGUCCUUGACAACAACCAUGAGCGGGCGACUUGCUUCAGAAUACUCCUCCUGGAAGAAACUCCAGCAGAUCUACGACACCGAACAUAGCAAGCUCGUCCUUAGGGAUCUCUUCGCGCAGGACCCCCAGCGCUUCGCCAAGUUCAGCCGCGAGUAUACCUCUUCUGAUGACCCCUCCGUGACCUUCCUCCUCGACUUCUCUAAGAACCUUAUCACUGAGCCCAUCCUCGCCUCGCUUCUUGACCUCGUCCGCGAGGCGCAGGUUGAGGAGUACCGCGAGAAGAUGUUCAAUGGCGAGCACAUCAACACCUCUGAGGAUCGCGCCGUCCUCCAUGUCGCCCUCCGUAACUUCGAUGAGUUCAGGAUCAACGAAGCCGGUGUCGACGAGGUUGGAAAGGUCCUUGCCCACAUAAAGGAGUUCACCGAGUCUGUCCGCAGCGGCGAGUGGAAGGGCUACACGGGCAAGACGAUCAAUACUAUCGUCAACAUCGGUAUUGGUGGCUCUGACCUCGGUCCCGUCAUGGUCACCGAGGCGCUGAAACCGUACGCGAAGCGCGAUCUCAAGGCUCACUUCGUAUCCAACAUUGACGGUACCCACCUGGCUGAAACGCUUCGCGAGAGCGACCCGGAGACUACCUUGUUUAUCAUCGCGAGUAAGACCUUCACGACUCAGGAGACGAUCACGAACGCGGAGAGUGCUCGCGACUGGUUCCUUGCCACGGCGAAGGAUAAGGCGCACGUCGCGAAGCACUUCGUUGCGCUCAGCACCAACACGAAGGCAGUGACCGCGUUCGGUAUCUCCGAGUCCAACAUGUUCCAGUUCUGGGACUGGGUUGGCGGACGCUACUCGCUCUGGAGUGCCAUUGGUCUCUCCAUUGCCCUUGUCAUCGGUUACGACAACUUCGAGCAGCUGCUGCGUGGUGCGCACGGCAUCGACAAGCACUUCCGUACCGCGCCGCUUGAGCAGAACCUGCCCGUCCUCCUCGCGGUCCUCGGCAUCUGGUACAACGAUUUCUAUGGUGCCCAGACCCACGCCCUCCUUCCUUACGAUCAGUACCUGCAUAAGUUUGCGGACUACUUCCAGCAGGGUGACAUGGAGUCGAAUGGCAAGUCGAUUACCAAGGGUGGCCAGCGCGUCAACUACCAGACUGGCCCCAUCAUCUGGGGAGCCUCCGGAACGAACGGGCAGCACUCGUUCUACCAGCUCGUCCAUCAGGGCACGAAGCUCAUCCCCGCCGACUUCCUCGCACCCGCCACCACGCACAACCCCAUCGCGCACUCCAAGCACCACCGCAUUCUCCUCUCCAACUUCUUCGCUCAGCCCGAGGCGCUCGCGUUCGGCAAAACCGAGGAGGAGGUCCGCAAGGAGCUGGGCCCCAACGCGUCCGACGCGCUCGUGAAGUCCAAAAUCUUCGAGGGCAACCGUCCGAGUAACAGCAUCAUCUUCCCGCUCCUGACCCCGGCGACUCUUGGUGCCCUCAUCGCGUUGUACGAGCACAAGAUCUUCACGCAGGGUGUUAUCUGGGGCAUCAACUCCUUCGACCAAAUGGGUGUUGAGCUCGGCAAGGUCCUUGCCAAGAACAUCCUCAACCAACUCGAGAAGCCGGAGGACGUCAAGGGCCACGAUAGCUCGACUACCGGCCUGAUCCACUACUACCAGAAGUGGCGCAAGGAGUAAGUCGCGUUUCUGACAAGUAAUGAUAGAUAUAUCAGAUUAGAAGAUCGCUAGGGACAAGCAUGGAGCAGUGUAUCGCUAAGUGUAACAAUUUAUCCGCG